AUGUCUGCAUUUCGUCAUUUGUUACUUUGGUUGUUAUGGUACCUGGUACUGCAGACGGGUGGUUAUCGAUUAAAUGUACCACGGGUACUGUUGCCUUAUCAUCCCAGUGUUCAAGUAACAUUUGACCUAAUCGUCAGUGAUCCGACAAAUGGAUGUUUCACAUGGAGGUCAACUCGACCAGAUACUGUCGCAGUAAAAGCAGUAAAUCCGGUAGGUAUAAAGGGAUGUUCAGCAAAAGCUCAGAUUUCCGCAACUUCGAAGUAUGCUGAGGAGCAGAUGGCUGUUGUUUUUGCUGAAGAUAAAGAAGCUGGUGUGGUUUUGAGCUGUGGCGUAACAGUUGACGUUAUACGAAGCAUAACGGUUUCAACUACUACAAAAGUCUUGUUUCUAGAUGCAUCACCAGCAAAAAUUGUUGUGCAAGCAUACAAUGCUGAAGGUGAUAUGUUUACUAGUCUCGGCGAAAUGCCAUUUGAAUGGCAUUUGGAAUCAUCAUCUUUAUCGGAAAAGCCUCUUCGAAUUGUACCGUUUUCGCAAUCAAAAUACGAAGCGCCUGAUGGCGUGCGAUUGUUGGAAGAAAAUAAAAAACGAGGUUAUAUGAUAUUAGUUGAGGGUAUAUCGACGGGUGCUGCUGUUCUGAAAGUGAAGCUGACUGAACCGCACUAUAAGGAUGUGAAACCUCAAAACGUGGAUUUCAUAGUAGUAGCGAAUAUUUUGCUCAUACCUUCUCAAGAUAUAUUUCUUCCGGUUGGAUCGCGUGUGCACUAUGCCGCAGAAAUAGUUAAAGAUAGCGUUACAGAAGCAAUACACUUACCUUCAAGACAAUAUCAGCUACUGAUUAAGGAUGCAGCAAUUUGCUCGUUGAAUUCAUCAUUAUCUGUAGUCACAGCUAUAAGUUAUGGAACAACCGAGAUAUCACUUAUUGAUGAAAACGUAAAGUCAUUAAAUGCACUAAAACCUCCAUCUGCUCGGAUUCAUGUUGUUGAACCAUCAAGUUUAUAUAUCAAAAUUAGUGGCGAUUUAUGGUACCUUGAAGUAGGACAGGAAUAUGAUAUUUCUUUUGUUGUGACUGAUGCUGAUAAUAAUGUCCUAUAUAUUCCAGAGAAUGCAAUUUUCGAAAGUGUUAUAUCCAGGGAAUACUUCAAAGUGCUAAGUAAAUCACAUAAUGAAUCGUACUUCAAUGUGAAAACUAUAAAAAGUGGAACUGUGAAAUUACGAGCGGCAUUCAUAGCAAUCAUGAGUUCGGAAGGAGAAUUAAGGAUAUCAUCAUCGGUAAAGGGUGAAGUAACAGCCGUGAUAUCAGAACCGAUUGAAGUGAUACCUCCAUUGGUCUCCUUUCCAUACAUCGAUGCUAAAAAGACUCACUUUAAAAAACUUGUGGCACGAGGCGGUACGGGAUCGUUUACAUGGUUAAGUAUGAAUCCGGAAAUUGCUUCAAUAGAUUCCAGUGGAAUUCUGCUGACUGGAAAUCUCGGUAAGACAGAGGUGAUUGCACAGGAUGCUCAGAACAGUGCUCAUUUUGGAAAAGCAAUUGUUCAGGUUUUACAACCAACAGGGAUUGCUUUCGGUAAAUCUCAUCUGGAAACCGAGGUUGGUCACGACUUAAUCCUGCAUGUUUCUCUUUACGCCAAUUCAGGAGGUAGAAAAGUGACAAUAUCCGAUUGUCGUCGUGUUGAUAUCUCGAUAAGAAUAAAGGACAGUGACAUUUUUAAGAUAGCAUCAGGUGGUUGUGGAAAAAUGCCUUCUUACGACGAUGGUUGCUGCGGCUUUACACUUACUGCUAUCGCUUCGGGUGAUACCAUUGCAACCGUUCAGUUUGGUAAUAUGUCUGCAUCGAUUCAAAUUUCCGCUUAUUUGCCAUUGAAGCUGGAAACACCUGCAGAAGUAUUCGUGAUGCUCGGCAGCAGCUUUGUUAUCCGUACAUCCGGUGGUCCUAGACCGUGGAUUCUGGAUCCAUCGAAAUAUUAUUCAAAAUUAAUCUACAGUGACAUAUCAAAUUUGAUCAGUAAUGAUGACUUUUCUUCUCAGGAUGGACAAACUAUUGCCACGUGUAAAGAUAAUAAAGGAGACAUACUUAUCGUGGUUGUUGUUGGUAAUGAAGCUUCUCCCACAAAUCGGCUACCUGCUAAAGCUGAAACAAAAUUAAGAGUGUGUUGUGGUGUACCUACACGACUGUCGUUAUCUCUAUUAAGACCUCAUCAAAGUAAAUGUCCGAAGGACGUGCGUGCUGCUAGCUGUAGUCAACCGUCUACAUUAGCAGUAUCAGCUUUCGGACAUUGUGAAUCCGGACCAUCAAUGGGACUGGAGAAACAGUUUGAUUCGUUGACUUCUUUAAAAGUGAAUUGGAAAGUGAGUGAUAACGAUAUAGCGCACGUGGAAGAAAAUAAGGAGAAUAGAUUAAGCGAAGUACGUGGCAUUCUGAAGCCACGGGAAAUUGUUGCUACAGUGAAAAUUAUCGCGUCAACACGGGGAUAUAAGGUUGGAGAUCGACAAUUUCAUUUACCACAAGAGUUGCAAAGUAAGAUACAGGUAGAUUUGGUCCGAAAUGCAGAAGCGGUGCCAUCUGUAGUGGUACUGCUAAAUGAAAAAAGUGCUUCAAAAGCUAUUCGAUUGGAACGCGGUUCAGGACAUUUUGCGUUGGUAGCUUAUGAUUCGAGUGUGUUGGACGCUGAGAUCUUUAAUGGGAUUGCACAGGUGCAUCCGUUAUCUGUUGGUAAAUCAAAGCUCCAAUUUUUGGACUUAUGUCUUAACCAAAAUUUCACAGCUACGAUUUCGGUGACAGAUGUAGAAGAGAUUUUGAUCGAAGCGCCUGCAUUUAUAGCCUUAAACACCGAACAAGAACUACAACUUAAAAUUCGUGAUAUGGAAGGUCUUUUCUUCGUAACGGAUGAUGCUGAUAUCAUGAAUGUGCAGCUAAACGCGUCGUCUAAUAUUUUAUCAAUAACCAGGGUUGACGCCCUACAUUACAUUUUGCGUGGUAAUGUGGUUGGUGUUGUAACACUUCGCGCUUCCGCCCGACGCGCUAAUGGACGAAUAUUACAAAGCCAAUCUCAUGGCAUUCAAGUUUAUUCACCGUUACAGUUGCAACCGAAACUGAUAACUCUUAUUCCUGACUCUGUUUUCCAGCUAGAAAUAUCUGGUGGACCUCAGCCAUUGCCACCUCUUCAGUAUCGUCUCAAUGAUACUUCAGUAGCUGUUGUCGGAUCAGAUGGGCUAAUAACAAGCAAGGGAAUUGGAUAUGCGAAAAUUAUAGGCUCUGUUAAUCUGGACAACAAUACUCCAACCAUUGAAGAUUAUAUCAUUGUUAAAACAGUAUUACUUACCGGAGUUCAUAUACAUCUCUCUACAUCACGAAUACAAGUCGGUCAAAAAGGAUGGGCUCGCGUCGAUGGUUUUAAUGAAAAUGAAACACCAUUUUCAUUCGGUGGAGCACUUUAUCCAUUGAAGAUCUCCUGGAGAAUAACCACACCAGGCAUUAUCGAAGCUGUAUCACCAGUUGAUACUUUCGUGAUUGAAUCGGUGGAAAAUCGAUUUCAAAUAGAACUAGAAGCACUGACAGUUGGACAAGCAGCAAUUCACGUAUUGGUGACUGCUUCUGAAAACUCGAAAGCAUUUUCCAAAAAAGUCAAACAUUAUGAAGAUCAAUUAAUAGUGACAGUUAUUGAACCGUUACAGUUAACAGUUCCACCACGUUAUCCUCACACGCUACGCCUCUCUCCAGAUGCAGAACUUGAUUUGAAAAGCAACAGGAAAGAUAGCUCAGUGCAAUUUAUGGUGCCACCUGAACUUUCCGCUUAUAUAUCUGUUGUCGGUGAUAGCAACAGCACCUUACUAGCUCACACUGUUGGUGAUGCUGCUUUGACAUUGAAGGAAACAAAAUAUCCUCAUAAGGAACUUAUUUAUUUACCAGUUUCCGUUACUUCGGUAGUAUCUCUUCAUCUGAAAGUCAAAUGUUCUGAAGUGCUGGAAAAGCCAUUAGCAGUUUUCCCUCUCGGUUACCGCCUCCAUGUCGAUGUUGAGUCAAGAGACCAUUUCGGCCGUCUAUUCGAUGCUGCAAAGCAUUCGCUAAAUUACAGACCUCAUCGGUGA